AUGGCUCCGCGGUGCCCAACUGUAUCGUCGACUUUUCUUCCUUUUCUAUACCCCUCAGUCUUCCUAGCAAGACAAACUUUCUCGAGCGCAUCUGCUCUACGACGUCGAUACAACUCCACCGUAAACGAUCUUCCAGAGUCACGAUUGAACCCCGCUCCUGACGAUUACGCCUCCCCAAGCUUCUCCGACAAAGCUUUCCUUACUCUUUAUGCUGGACGGGGUGGAAACGGCUGUAUUUCUUUCUUGCGCGAAGCUUAUCUAGCUGAGGGUCCUCCCAAUGGCGGCGACGGUGGCCAUGGUGGCAAUGUCUACAUCCAAGCAGCGCAUGGCGAGACUUCGCUGCACAAGUUAUCUCGCAAGCGUUUCGUGCGUGCUGGUCGCGGGAAACAUGGUCAGGGGAGCGCAAAAAGUGGGACGCGAGGAGACGACAUUAUAAUAACUGUACCUGUGGGAACAGUCGUCCGUGAAUUAGAGCGUGAAGAUCCAGUUGCCGACGAGGAGAUGGAUAUGCGAUUAUGGCGAGCUCAGCAGAAGCAGAAGAGGCGUGAAGAACACCAAGCAGCUCUGGAACGAAAACAGAGGCAGGAACACGAAGAAGAUAUUCAUGAGGAGGAAGAGGAGGAGUUUGAAGAGGAGGAAGAGGAAGAGGAGGACCAUGACCCUGAGCGUCGCAAGUGGCUUCUAUACCCUGGACUGUCCAAGACCGACGUCAAAAAUACUGUUUUCCCCAAGUUACCCAAACGUACUCGACUACUCAAACAACCGCCUCCUACAAUCCGUCUUGACCUAUCUCGUCCUACUCCUACGCCUAUUCUCCUUGCAACAGGCGGUAUCGGCGGUUUGGGCAAUCCUCACUUCACUUCGCGGGCACAUCCUCGCCCAAUGUUCGCUACCAAAGGCGAUGAUGCUGUCACUAUGAAGAUCGAACUGGAGCUCAAGCUCCUUGCUGAUGUUGGCCUCGUCGGUCUUCCCAACGCUGGAAAGAGUACUCUACUCCGUGCCAUUACAAAUAGCCGUACUCGAGUGGGUAACUGGGCUUUUACGACCCUUCAGCCCAAUAUCGGCACGGUUGUUCUCGACAAGUACUCUGGCCGUCCUACCAUCAAGAGCUAUCGACGGUACCCUGCUCAGCUGGGUUUGCCAGAGGAGGUUGAGACUGAGCCGCGCACUCGCUUCACCAUCGCCGACAUUCCCGGUUUGAUUGAAGGGGCGCACCUUGACCGCGGUCUGGGAAUCGCUUUCCUACGACACGUCGAGCGUGCUGGCGUCCUUGCUUUCGUUAUUGACUUGUCUGCUGGCAAUGCAGUGGAGGCCCUCGACUCGCUCUGGCGUGAGGUUGGACUGUAUGCCCAAAUGCGUGAUGAGGAAGAGGCUGAUCGGGCAAUCGAAUCUAACAUUGAUUGGGAUGUCACAUCAGACCUGGGCGGCCCCAUGAACUAUUCUCCUGAGCCUGAACUUGACCAAAACUCGAAACAAAAGCAGUCAUUGCAAAUUGCCGGAAAGCCGUGGUUUGUUGUAGCAACCAAGGCGGACUUGCCAGAGACGCAAGAAAACUUCAAGGAGCUCAAGCAAUACCUCGACAACAUCACAAAGGGUGAGAAGCCACACCCAAGCGGUGUCGAAGAGGCAUGGACCAAGGAUUGCGCCGUCAUUCCGGUAAGCGCAAUUAAUGGCCAGGGUGUUGAUAGAAUUGUACACUGGACUGUAGGAUUAUUAGAUGAGUAG